AUGAAUACUUUGUGCCCAAUUAUUCUAUGUUUUGUGAUUACUGUAACAGAAUGCUGUAUGAAAACUAUUCCGCCGGAUGAUGUAUCUAUUUCAAGCACUCUGCCAUAUGAGGAGACUACGGAAAUGAUGACAACAAUUGCAAUGGAAACAUCCACCAUGACAGAAAAAGUUUGUCCAGGCGAUACCACGUGUCCAGAUCUACUAGCUUAUGGAGGAGGAAUGGAGUUUGGUGAAAUAGACGGAUGCACUGUGCCAGUGUGUAGUGAUGGAAAAGUUGCAUGGAUGAUUUUUAGAAAUGUGGAUUUUGAAAUGAAGUUAUAUGAUGGGCUAAGUGAUUUGAGUUUAGUUUUACCCGUUCCUCCUCCGACAUUGGCCGGAAUGGGUGGAAAAAGUUUUGUGGAUUAUUAUGGACUUCUUUGUGAAGACAACUCGUGGAAGAUCACGAAAUAUCCCUUGGGGAUAAAGGAUUAUGGCAAUACGCAAGCAAUUCUAGGUGCAGAUGGUUCUUAUGACGGGAAAAAAGGUCUGCUAGAGACGAUUCAAUGCCACUGA